CGUGCAGGAGCCUCGCCGCGGUCCCGCCGCGCCUCCCUGCCUUCCCCUGCCCCCGUCCCCUCUGCAGCCGCCCGGGAUGGGCGUGCGGAGCGGCGGGCGGGAGCCGCGGCGGCACACGGCGGGCGGCCGCUGAGCGGAGCGCGUCCCGCUGUGCGGCUCCGCUGGCCGGCGGCGGGGCUGGGGGGUCCCGGGCAUGGCGGAGAGCCUGAGCCCCUGCUCCCCACGGGGCCAGUGCCAGCCCAGCAUGGGCGCCAACACCUCGUCCGCCAGCAUGGACACCAACGCCUCCUCCUCGGUGGUGGGCGGCAGCGCCUGGAGGGGCCGGGAGCCCUUCUCCGUCUUCACCGUCCUCAUCCUGACCCUGCUGGUGCUCCUGACCGUGGCCACCUUCCUCUGGAACCUGCUGGUGCUGGCGACCAUCCUGCGAGUGAAGGCCUUCCACCGGGUGCCCCACAACCUGGUGGCCUCCACGGCGGUGUCGGACGUGCUGGUGGCGGCCCUGGUGAUGCCGCUGAGCCUGGUGAAGGAGCUGUCGGCCGGGCGGCGCUGGCGGCUGGGCCGGGAGCUGUGCCUCGUGUGGGUGUGCUUCGACGUGCUGUGCUGCACGGCCAGCAUCUGGAACGUGACGGCCAUCGCCCUGGACCGCUACUGGUCCGUCACCCGGCAGCUGCAGUACACGCUGCUCGCCCGCCGCCGCAUCUCCAAUGUCAUGAUCGCUCUCACCUGGCUGCUGUCCGCCGCCAUCUCCCUCGCCCCGCUGCUGGGCUGGGGCGAGACCUACAGCCCCGAGCAGCAGCGCUGCCAGCUCAGCCAGGACCCGUCCUACACCAUCGUCUCCACGGGCGGGGCCUUCUACCUGCCCCUCUGCGUGGUGCUCUUCGUCUACUGGAAGAUCUACAAGGCGUCCAAGUUCCACAUGGGGGGCCGCCGCAGGAACGCCGUGGUGCCGCUGCCCGAGGCUGCCCAGGUGAAGGAAGCUUCGCAGGAACCACAGAUGGUGUUUACAGCUCGUCGUGCAGCUAGCACUUUCCAGACAGAUGGAGAAACAUGGAGAGAACAGAAAGAGAAAAAGGCAGCUCUGAUGGUUGGCAUCUUAAUUGGAGUUUUUGUACUGUGCUGGAUCCCUUUCUUCAUCACAGAAUUAAUAAGUCCCCUCUGCUCCUGCAACAUCCCGCCUGUCUGGAAAAGCAUCUUUCUUUGGCUUGGCUACUCAAAUUCUUUCUUUAAUCCUCUCAUUUAUACAGCAUUUAACAAAAAUUACAACAAUGCCUUCAAGAACCUUUUUGUAAAGCAAAGAUAAAAGGGGAAACAGAGGAGAAAAUGAUUAUUGCAUAACAGAGAGAUGUCUUGAGGGAAACAUGCCUGUGAUACAUACAGUUUUCAUGCACAAGAGCUACCUGAGGGGAUUUAGGAGCAGUGAAAAAGAAGAUGGAAGAUGUCUGGAUAUAAACCUACUAAGAAUUUACAGUUCCCCCUUAGAAAUACACAUGUGCUACGCCAGUGUUUGGCAAAGAAGGUGGAAGCAGGGAAUGCCUCCCGUCUGCUCCUCGAAGCACGGCACGCUGGGGACUGCCAGGGCAGCGCUGUGUGUGUCCAGCGCCGUGUCUGUCACACCCAGCGCGGCUGGUCCCGCCCAGCCAGCGCCGCGCCCUCUGGAGCCUCCUCACUAACACAGCACCCGUGGGGGCUGCUAAUUGAGCAAUACUGGCAUGUCGGACAUGGGCAGCAUGCUGGCUUGGUUUUCAGAUUUAUUUUGGAAGGAAUAAACAGGCUGCAGUCAA